CCAAGGACCAACUGUCAAUCAAAUAAAUAGUAUGGUUGCAGAAAAACAGGGUUGAUUGGUUGGGUUAUUAACGUCUGUUUUUAUUAAAAUUAUAUUGUUAAGUACCAAUUUUCAUGAAUCGAUAUUACUUAAACAUUUUCAAUGUUGCAAUAGUCCAUAAUCCUAAAGUGUAAAAUGAAAUCAUGGCCUCUACAGAGUAUAAUUGGUUGAGUCGUAAAAGAGGUAAACAAAAUGUUAUAUUGUUUAAGUUAGACACAAAUAAAAGCAAUGAAGAUAACAUCAAAGACAUAAUACAAGGGUUGUAUUUGAAUAAACCAUUCCAAAAUGAUAUUUCACCCACCAACAAGAAUGUGCCCACAGAGUUUAAAUCGGGUUUAAGAGGCAUGCAAAGAAAUAGUUCUGACAGCUGUAGAUUGUCCUACUUAAAUGCCUUAGUCACACUUUUAUGUAAGGAAGACCGAAAUAAUUUGGGAUUUACCACUGAUGAGUUGAUGACAUGUAUUCGUGUGAGUCUUGUGGAUGAAUCUAUGGCCUUAAGAGCAACUGCUCUUAGGGUCCUACGAUAUUUAAUUAAAACUGAAAAUGAUGUGGCUACAUUUAACCACUUGAAGCUCUCUUACCUGGUAGCCAGAUCAAUGGAUCUAAUGUUGCGCAACGAGGAAGAGAGAGCCCAAGCACUAAGAGUGGUCCGGCGUAUAGUAGCGGUGGUGGGUUCUGGCGAACAGUCAGUGUGCCGCGCGCGGUCCGUGUUUGUGGAGCCCGGCCUGCUGCGGUGCCUCGCCGCCGUGGCCAGAGCGGGCAGCUCCGGCGACGGCGCCGACCGCCUGUCCAGACCUGCCGUGGCUACACUGGCUGAGAUAUGUGUGUUAAAUCCUGACUUAUUUAUAAUGUGUGGCGGAGUGAACGCAGUCACAAGGCAGCUUGCAGAAUGCGCGACGCCGCGAAUGGCGGAAGCACUGUGUGGAGUCCUACUACAUACGCUCAAUGAUCCCAUGUCGAGGGCUUCGGCACGGAUCGACCUAACUUACCUCAAUUCUCCAUAUUGUGACUUCCACUUUAGACCAGCCGGCACGGAUACCAGUAGAGAUGAACGAGAGAUGCGGUUUACGUGCAGUCGGUUGGCGUUGCUCUGUGUCCUGCGGAGUUGGCCGGGGCUGCUUCACUUCUGCCACCCGCACAGUUCGGGCGGGCUUAGGGCGCUCAUAGCUGCCUUAUAUCUACCGCGCCUAGAAGUCAGAAAAGCCAUCUUGGACCUCUUAUACGAACUUGUAGGACUACCGCAGCCAGAGUGGACAGACGAGAUUUCUGUUGCUUUGGAUGCUGUAGACCCAUCAGAUUUUCAAGACUCAUGGCGGCUUAACGAUGGUUUCGUCGCCGCCGAAGGCACUGCCAUAUUACCUCAUCUUAGCGCUACGGGACCUGAUAUCACUGAGAUCCAUUUAGCUCUAUUACUUCAAUGCUUCCUAGAGGCUGGAUUACUAGAUGGACUCGCGGAAGUGAUAGUGACGAGUGACACGUUCAUAUCCGUGAGGGCGACAGUGUUGCUAGGUCAACUGUUGCACUUAAUACACCUGUUCCUACCUCCUCAAAUAUGUAACAUAACCCCAGCGUUGCCAUCGCUGCUGUCGCAGGCAGCGGCGGGCACGCCCGCGGCCUUGGCAGCCGUGGCGGCGCUGAGAAGGCUCCACGCCAUGCUCGAAGCGCGCCCGGCCAGCUGCAGUCUCUUCCUAGACCAUGUCCUACAGUACUGCAGCGGCGCUUACACUGAAUCCUACCGUGAGGACGACGCCAAGAGCCGCAAGGAAAAAGACAACGCCAGCAUGGCCAAGCCGAAAACCCUCCAUAAAGAAAACAGCAUAGAGUUCCUAAACGAAUCUGACAAUGAAAACGAACAAAAGAGACACAGCGUCGGCUCCAGAGCUGACGUCGCAAACAGGAAUGUGAGUGCGUUAGUGAAAAGCAAAAGUGUCAGUUCUCGGACUAGUGCCGCGGUGAGCAAAGUGACUAAAUCGGCGAAAUUCUUUAACCUGUUUGAGCGUGAUAGUGACAAUUUGAUUCGAUGUACGUUAGUCAUGCAGAACAAGGAUGGCAACACAUGGGAUUGGGAAAUUAUAAGGACAAUAUUGAAGGAAAACGACAGUAGCCCCCUAGUGAACUUGAACGACAGCGGUCACAAAGCGUGGGCGGGCCGCAUCAUCAGCUACCUGAAGCCGUCCUCCAACAAGUACUCUCACUCCGACCUGUCCGCCACCGCGCACGGCCACUCCGCCACGCGCGCCGGCUGCCAGCUCAUCCGGCAUCUGCUGAGGCAGAACGAUGCUGAUUGUCAAAGGCUUUUAGAAGAUUUAUUUCUGGACGUGAGCCGGCAGAUUAAGGCCAUAGAGACUGGCCUGAAAGCCCAUGGAUGUCUGUUCAGCCCGCAGCACAUGUGCAACACCAUGUGCCAGAUGUAUUUUCUCUUUAUUGGUCAGCUUUGCCAUUCCCAUUCUGGUUUGAGACUGUUCAAACAAACGGGAUUGUAUGAGAAUCUUCUCGAGCUGUCAACAAAGACCCACCACAGCUGCUAUGUGAAGUUAGUCAUAUCGAGUUUAGAUUAUACCCUCGAUUCAUACCCUCGCGACAUUCUUGCCAAAACCCUCACAUGCAAUAUCCAGGCUUCCAGACUUUACACUACCCAGUUCCUAAAUGUUUUGAUGCGGGCGUCGCGAAAAUCCCGUGACUUAGUGCGCAGGAAGUCUAAGUUGAAGAAAAAUUUCGUUCAAGAACAUUUCAAGUCUACGCAAAGGGACGAUGAUGGCCAUGGAGUGGACAUGGAUACCUGGCUUUUACAAGUUUUGGUAGGACAAGUGAAAGACGAGUCCAAGCAGGUGGUGAAGUGUGCUCUCGCUAUUUUGGAAGAGGCUUAUAGUGUUCCUGCAUAUUUCGAGAGAUUAAUAGCGAUGAGGGACACACUUUGCCAAAACUGCCGGCUAGACAAAGACGGCGACCCUGCUUCGUUCGAUCUGGCGUGUGUCGGGGACCGUGGGUACUUAAUAUGGCUCGGACUGGAAGUCGCUGCUGCCGCGAACGCACCGGAUUCCAAGACCAUGGCCUUUCUUAACAAACACAUGGAUUUUUGGACCAAAUCGUAUAAUUAUAGAUACGCGCGUCUAGUGGAAGCGGGCGUCCACGAGGCCCUGACCCUGAGCUGCGGCGCGCGCGCGGCGGGCGCGGGCGGCGCGCGCGCACGGCGACCGGCGCGCGCGCCGCCGCACCUGCACGCCGCCGUGGUGGCGCGCACGCCGCGGCACACGGCGCGCGCCUUGCUUGCUGCUGUUCUACACACGCAUUAUAAGAUUUUACAACGUAAGAAAUGCGGAACGGAGCAAGAGGCUGCCGAUUUAAAGGCGUCGCUGUGGGCAGUUGGAAACACCGCAGUAACUUCAACCGGGCUACAGCAACUGAUGAGCCUAUCCAGUGGCUAUCUAGAAGAUUCUGUUUUGGUUCAUAUUGUGCGGUUGGCAAAAUACUGCGCAGUGUAUUCAGUACGAGCGACGGCGUUUUACGUUCUAGGGCUCAUUGGCAGUACUUACGAUGGCGCUAAUCUGCUAUCUGAACUAGGUUGGCUCUGCGUACGACACACAAGACACGACCAAUUCCCGGUGAUACCCGACGAAACUUACCCAUCCGUUUUCGACUCUCUCGGGUUCCUCACGUCACCCAACCGCCGACACCACUAUGACACCGAGGCCAGUGAGCAAUCCGACCACACUGACCAGAGCAUGGCGGAGAGCCAUUCCGAUAUAACCAGACAUCUUAACAAAGUCACUUCCAUACUAACCGAGCCAGACUUGAAAGGCCACGACGUCGUCGAUCAUAAGACGUACGAGAGAAGAGAACCUGACAAAAGAAAGUCGCACACCCUCCCAACACAGGGAUGUUCUAGUACGCACGAUCGACCAAUGCUUUCGGAAUCGAGAACCGUCGAUAUACUGAGAGAUUGUCCGAAUUUCGAACGGCAAGGGCAUCGCGAGAACAGACUCGUGAUUGGUAGAAUGAACUCGUUGGAGCAUGCGCACGAGGGGCGAGUGAGGAAUACUAGCGAGUCUAGUACCAGCGGCGUGAGCAGUUGCGACUCGUUCCUCGGGAAAUACGCGAUUCCCGACAGAGUGUUGACUCUUAGCCCCAUUCCGAGCUCGUCCAGUUUGUACGGCAUGAAAAGUAGCAGCAGUUCCCAACGACACAGAAUAUCAGAACUGCAAAGGAGGACAUCCACUUCAAGUUUCACCGGACCGGAUGUCGCCAGUUCACCGCCAAGCCAGUUAGAUAUAACUGGAUAUGCCACACUUAAGUCUUUGAAUAGGCAUAGAAGGCCUCACUUGUCUGAGAGUGCAGCGACUGGUUCGAGCGAUUUGGACGAUUUGAGCUGGCUGCUCACCGACACCAACCGACGAUCGAAACCGUUCUCUUCGUUACGUGACCGAGCGAAGUCCACAAGGGAACGAAUGACUAAAUUAAGCCUGCUGGAGUACGACUGGAAGCCGCUGAGCAGCGCGGAGCCGGCGCGGGCCGUGCCGCCGUCGCCGCUGGCGCCGCCCGCGCGCCCGCCGCCCGCGCCGCACCCGCCCGCCUACAUCGGCAUCUGUCUGCCUGAGAACCUCUCAGAUCUCUUCCCCAGAGAUAACGAAAGUAAAGCGGACGAAGCAGACUACAAGACGCCGAGACGCAACAGAGUGCCUUCGUUGUUGGUGGACUCAAGUACAAGCACCGACAACAAGUCGCGGGCCACGCCGGACAGUCAGAAACUCACUUCCUUUAAAGAAAUCGCAUCUGUCUGCGGCAUUCGCGGUAACGAGGCUGUGACGAAUACAAUUUUGACAGUUCACCAAAAUACCAAAGAGAAGGCCUCCAAGACCAUAGCCAGUGUUGUGGAAGAAACCGAAACCGUCCCUGCUGAGGGUUCCAGUGGCGUGAAAGAGAAAGGUGACGCGAACGAAGGAGAGGUCCGACCUGUGGAGGGUCAGAAUGCGAAGGAAGAUAAUAGUCUGAGCUUAGUGACGUCACGGCCGACCAAGUGGAAGUGGAAGCACUCGGCUGCGGAUUGCUUGGCGUGCGUGAGGACGCGGCCGCCUAGUUCGCACGAGUUGAGAGAAGCUUUCUUUGCCCCUACAACCGACAAUAGCCCACCAAGCAGCCCUCCGGCCGAAAACAGCCCGCGGCAAGAUAUACUACAGCAAGUGCAUUACAUGUCAAACCCUAUCUACCUCCGACAGACACGUUCUACCCUUAUAUCGCUGAAGCAGCGUCACCCCGAAGUGUUCCGAAGCGCAUGUGUAUACUCCGACGUAAGCGCUAUGCUAUCCCGAGACACCUACAUGCUGUGCGCCCGACGCUUCCUACAGGAACUGUUCCUAGACACCAGUUUCCAGUGCUUCGCCCAGGAACCACUGGCCUUGUUCAAUAGACACUCCACCGUAAGAAACGAUAACAAUCUCGCCGAAAAGCACACGGAAAAUACGCGAAACUCGUGAAGGCUGAAACUCUUAGUUGUUGUACGUAUAAUCUAUGAAUGAUUUACUCUGCAUUGUUAUUUCUGACAUGGGUUUAAAGAUUCUCCAUGAAGGUAUGGCAAAAAAAUUCAACUUCAAAGUCUUCAAUUUUGAUUGAAAUUAAAAGCUGGUAGAUAAGUGUUUAUUAGUCCAGAUUAAGUACUACCAGAUCGGUUUUUAUGAAUCGCUUACCCUGAUUACCUUCAAUUGUCAUAAGUAUUGACUAUGCUAGGAUCUUGUUAAUAACGUAUUCAAUAGGUAUUUCAGCCGUAAAAUUGUAAAUUAAGUGAAAUUCACUGUAAAAAUUUUAAAUUAGCCGCGUAUUUCAUUUUGUAACAUUUUUAAAGUGGUGUUUGUUAGAAAAUAUGAACAGAUUUAACAAUAAAAUUAAAAUAAAAUGGCCAAGAUUAGAAGAAUUUAUGGUAAAGCAUGAGUAUAGAUGCUGCCUUCCUCUUGAGUAAUGUUUACAAUAAAUUCAACAUAAAUCAUCAAUCAUCGUAAAUAGUUGCCAUUUCCUUUUAGUGACUUGUGUCAUUAUAUUGUUGAAGUGUUAUAUUAUACUAUGUUUUACCUGUUCGUAUUGAGAAUUGUCCUUAUCAGUUCCCUAGUCGUGUUGAAGUUGAAAUGCGAUGUCGGAUUCGAUACAGAAUUUGCUGUAUAAGUCAAAGUAAUAUAUGUCAUAUCUACUAAUUGUUGAUUAUAUAGAAUUAGUUUUGGUACGACUUCCUAUUAGUGUAUUCUCGAUAUUGUGUAUGUAUAAUUUAUAAUAAAAAGUGAUUACAUGUGUUGAGUGUAUUGUUACUAUAUAUAAAUAAACCAAUUGUAUUAUAAACGAAUUUUCACAUGAAUUUGCAAAUUUUAAUAAUAUGUAUUAAGCUAUUAGGUAUUGCUUAUUUUAUAAUUUAUAUUAUUUUAAGGUAAGGUAUUAUAAGUCCGUGAUUAAAAUGUCCUAGAAUUCUUCCCACUUAUAUAGUUAAACAUUAUUUUGUGGGAUUUUCUUUUUGUUCUUUCUAACAAAUUAUAAACUAGGUAUAUUCUGUUUUAGGACAGGUAUAUCUAAUUUUGCAUUUUUUAUAACUUUGUAUAAUACUUUCCUUAUGAUCGCCGACUGAACCCUAUCCAUUCCCCUCUCCCUCCUUACUUUAAGUGAUGUAUCCUAGUGAUGUAUCCCACCUAACGAAUAACGCAAACUGUUUCCUAUUAUAAUUAAUCAUAUUUCCUAAUAUCAAUGGAGAUAUAAUUUUGUAGAACUACCUACACUAUUGUGUUCAAUUUGUUGUCUUAUACUUUUUGCAUUUAAUUUAAUUAUUUUUCACAUUAAAUCGUUGUUAUUUAUCUGAACAGAAAAGGAGUAACGGUUUAUGUUAUAAUUCUAAUGAUGAUAUUAAUAAGGAUUAGAAAGUAUGAUGUCUCAAUUAUUAUUUGUUACAUCGAUGACUUGUUAAUGUUCAAAGUAAUAUGUAGGUUAGGUUAGACUUUGUUUUAGUUGUAUCAAGUGAACUUUCUGACUAAGAAAGUCUGCAAGAUAUACUACAGUAUUUUUAGAGACACCUGUCGUAGCCUACUUUUGCAUUUAAAUAUCCUAGCAUUAUUUACCAUAGUCAUAGAGUUCCGUUUUAGGUUCAAAUGCUAGUCUCGCUUAACCGUAUUUUGUAUUAUCUAACUAACAUUGGCUCGCGAAAAAUCUUCAUAUCAAUAAUUGGUUAAAUAAUGUUGAAGUUAUUUUUGUCUUCUUAACUUAAUUUCUUGGGAAAAAAAACAUCUGAACUGCCUGCGUUUGAUGAUGUCAUGUCAAGACUAAUGUAAGUUCAGUGCCCUAAAACUAAUUUCAAAUUAUAUAUUGUAAUUUUUAAUAUGGAAAUAAAAAGAAAGGAAAGACUAAAUGACUCCGUUUGAAAUUAAGUGGCUUUACUGUUAAAUAUAUUUAACUUUAAAGGCUUUACCGAACCAAGUCAAUGUCAUGUCAU